GUCAGCCUUUUGCGCUGGCACUCCUCAUUCCCCUCGGUAUUACUCACGGCGGGAAGUUGUUGCUGCCGCCUUCUCCUCGGUCAGCGCCGCGUGUUUGAAAGGCUCGCUCGCGGCCGCCCCCAACCGUCGCCCGCCAACGGCCGCCAUCGCUGCCCCUUCUCGUCGUGUAUCUGUGCAUCAGGCGGGCGUGUGUGCGAUGGACGGAGAGGAUCUGACGAGCUGCUUUCUGCUAGUGUUGUUAACGGCCCCUCUACCAUGAGCAAUUCUACGUCGGCUACAGCUAAUGGAAACAACACAAAGAAAUUUAAAGGAGACGGAUCUCCCAACCCUCCCUCUCGUGUUCUUCAUAUUCGGAAGAUUCCAUAUGAGAUUUCAGAAGCAGAAGUUCUUUCAUUAGGCAUACCAUUUGGCAAAGUCACUAAUCUAUUGAUGUUGAAAGGCAAAAAUCAGGCUUUCCUUGAAAUGGCUUCAGAAGAAGCAGCCGUUACUAUGGUGAACUAUUACACUACAGUCACUCCACACCUCCGUAAUCAGCCCAUAUAUAUCCAGUAUUCCAACCACCGGGAAUUGAAGACAGACAACUUGCCCAACCAAGCUCGCACCCAAGCUGCUUUGCAAGCAUUAAAUGCAGUACAUACCGGUAAUAUGUCAAUGACAGGCAGCACAAUCAGUGAGGGAGCGGUGCUCGCUGGCCAAAGUUCUGUCUUGCGCAUUAUUGUGGAGAACCUCUUUUAUCCUGUUACUCUGGAAGUUUUGCAUCAGAUAUUUACCAAGUAUGGAACUGUGCUAAAAAUCAUCACUUUCACAAAGAACAAUCAAUUCCAGGCACUCCUUCAGUAUGCUGAUCCUAUGCAUGCACAUCAUGCUAAGAUGGCUUUGGAUGGGCAGAAUAUCUACAAUGCUUGCUGUACUUUACGUAUAGAGUUCUCAAAGUUGACUAGCCUUAAUGUUAAAUACAACAAUGACAAAAGCAGAGACUUUACACGCCUUGAUCUUCCUUCCGGCGACGGCCAGUCUAUUGAUGCUCCUGUGGCCGCCGCUUUUGGUAAGGAAACUUCACUUCUAGGUGCACCAGGUAUCAUCUCAAAUCCUUAUGGUGCUGGUGGAUUUGGUCCUGCUGUUGGCUUCCCACAAGCAGGCCUAUCUGUUCAAGGGAUCCAUGGAGGUCUUGGGCAUCUUGGCCUUCAACACGCUGCAGUUGGUGGUCGGCUAAUGCAUGGAAUGGGCCCAGCAGGAAAUUCAGUUUUGCUGGUCAGCAACCUAAACCCUGAGAAGGUUUCACCUCACUGGCUGUUCAUUCUCUUUGGAGUUUACGGUGACGUACAUCGUGUGAAGAUCUUGUUCAAUAAAAAAGAAAAUGCAUUAAUACAGAUGGCAGAUGCAAACCAAGCUCAACUGGCCAUGAGCCAUCUUAAUGGGCAGAAGGUGUAUGGCCGAGUAUUGCGUGUGACAUUGUCAAAACAUCAGAUGGUCCAGCUUCCUCGGGAAGGACAAGAAGACCAAGGUUUGACCAAGGAUUAUGGCAAUUCUCCACUUCAUCGCUUCAAGAAACCAGGGUCCAAGAACUUCCAAAAUAUUUUCCCUCCAUCAUCCACCCUACAUCUUUCAAACAUUCCACCUUCAAUCACAGAGGACGAUCUGAAGAACCUAUUUGAGAGUGCUGGAUCCUCAGUGAGAGCCUUCAAAUUUUUUCUGAAAGACCGUAAGAUGGCCCUUAUCCAGUUAGACAGUCUUGAAGAAGCAAUCCAGGCUCUCAUUGACCUUCAUAAUCAUGACCUUGGAGAAAAUCACCAUCUUAGAGUGUCCUUUUCUAAAUCCACAAUUUAAUAAUUAUUUUCUCUAUAGACUGGGACCACACUUGUGGUAAGCUAGUAUUCAGACAGAGACUGAUAUACCAAUGACCAACCAUGCCUGCAAGAGAUGCCUAGAUUUAUGAUUUAAGUGGAACACGCAAGUGGGGUUUCUCAACUUGAGUGACUUUCCUUUUGUCUAUCUGUUGACUUCAAUUGAUACCAAUUUUCUUUAAUUUUUGAAAAGUGCAGGUUUGUUGCAAGCAAUCAGCAGCCAUACAUUGACGUUCAUUGGUCUCUUAUUGGCUGGUUUAGCAAUUGAAAUUUUUUUCCAAAAGUUUACAAUUUUGGGAGAGGGAUAAAAUCAGGUUUAGAUCUACAUGAUUGUCACACUUUAAAACAAAAUAUUUUAGUUAUUUUCAUGGCGGGGAGAAAUUAAACAUCAUGGGUUUUCAUACCACUGAAGAUAUGAAAAAAUCAAUUUCGUAUUUACUGUGUACUUGUUUAAUUAUCAUGUGCCUUAUUAUCUGUUUAUUAAUUAGAUUAUAGGCUUUCCCUGCAUUUUCUUCAGUAUAUGUGUUAUUGGUUCUUUUAAAAGGAACCUUUUUGUCAUUGUAGAGUUUAGGUGAUUUUCUUUUCAAUUUUGCAAUGUUGGUAAAUCUGCUGCAUGCUUAGAUUUAAAUUACAAUUUAGUACACAGAUGGGAAUUACACAUUUAUUUUCUCUCCUCGGGCAGACUGCUGAUCCGUGUUUCCAUCCUAUCCAAGGGCUGUAAUGUGCUACAUCGAAGCUCUGCUUUGGGCAUAAUUGAAUAAGUUUAACUAAUUUAAAAUGCCUGAGUUUUGUUUAUAUUGCUUAUUUUUGUCUUGAUCUACAAAAUUCAAAUUGCUUCAUUAUCUUAUCUGUGUGCUAAAGGUUUAUGUUAUCUUUAAAUAUUUCAUUUAUUUUGAUCUGUAGCUGUUAAUUUUUAAAAUGUUAAUUGUUGGCUUUUGUUUUGAGGGAAUAUUUGGCUUUUGGAUGUUUCAGUGUAGGUACUUUAAAGCCUCUCUGAACAUGUUUUCAUGUGAAUUUGUUAGACUCUAGCUAAAUAUCCAGCAUUUUGCAUUAGGCUUUUGUUUUAUUGAAUGGUUGCUGGACUAACUGCAAGUCUAGAAAACAUGUCCUUAACUCUUCCAUUCUGAAAGAAUACUUCAGAGCCACACAGACUUUGCAAAGCUGCAACUAAACCAUGGUUAGAACUAUUGAUUUAUUAAAUACAAGACUUUAGUCCCAUUCAAGUGGAAUUCUGAAAGGAGUACAUGCUUGACAAAAGGAAAUAGUGAAUAAUGAGGUAGAGAAUAUCAGCUUUUAUUUCAGGGUUUCAGAGAAUUAAAAACAGGACCAAAGUUUAUGUGCCUUCAGUAAUCAUUUUUUCCCCUCUCCCAUUUAACUCUGUUAUUAUCUUUAAACCUAAAAAUAGAAAUGUGAAUGUAGUUACAAAUGUAAAAGGAGGGAGAAUGUGAGAAAUCAACUUUUUUUUGUAGCGGUGCUUUGUUUGCACCAGGCUUGAAAGAGAAUACCCAAGGGCACUAACUUGUAUUAAAUCAGAUUUGUUAGCUCUCUCAUGCUGAGCAUAGAGCCACUUCAUAAAAGUAUGUGAGAAGAAUUGUUCAGAAAUUGCACGGUAAUGUACUCGCCACAAAUCUGGUGCCCUGAGCAAGAAUUUUACCAAAUUCGCAUAUCUGAUUUCACCAUUCCCCAGGUUAGUCCCAAGGGUGCUGCAUAAAAGACUUUCUUAUAUAAUACUGAACUGUAGCAUUUGGAACAGAGCAAGACUGUGCUGAAUUGAUUAAUUAGACUCACCUCCAACAUGCCGCACCAUCUUGUAAAUGCUAGUGAAAUGUAUUAUUUGUUGCGGAUUAGUCACCUGUGACUUGUAUUGAGAUCUCAAUCUUUUCCAAAUUGAGAACUAAGUUUGCAGGGCACAGAAGUGGAUAACACAUUGGUACCCCAGGCUAAUGAAGUUUCUAGGUAAUUGUCACAGACGUAUAAAUGUAUGACUUCAGUCAUGGGGAUGACACCUGCAUUCAGCAUCGAGUGUAACUAAGUUUGAGACCUGUGAUUUUUUUUUUUGGUUGUUUGUUUAAAAUAAGGCAGUUGGAAUACUUCUACCUGGGCCGUUCAGAUUAAGGUUGUAACAUUUUGUGUGAAAUACUUAACCUCUCCUUCAAGCUGCUUCCCUUCUGACAUUUAGUUGCCAGCAGGGGUAUAAUGCUUUCCACCCUGUUCAUCCAUGUACUUGAUCUGUUCUUAAAAUUCCUGCCUUUUUUGAGUUUGUAAGAAUGUUCAGCAGACAAAGUGAAAAUGCUGUAAAUAUUUAAACAACUUUUUUUUAAAUGAGGUUUUUUUGGGAACAAGUAAAAGUACAAACUGGUUUUUAUAUGAAAACAUUGAUUGUCUUGUAUAUUUUGAUAAGCAACAGUACCAGGUUUCAUUUGUAAAGCAGUUUGUGUCAAAAGUGGAAGAAACAAAAUGGAUUCCAUUUCUGUUAAGAUUUGUUUUUAAUGCACAGAUAAUGAAAUAUUAAAAAUAAUAUUUUCUAAUUGUUUAUUGCA